GUCGGCUCGUAAGGGUCAAUCGGAGUUUUCCUCGUAUUGCGCUACUCAGUGCUAUCGUGUUUUUAGUCUUGCGAGGAUUUGAGUGAAAGCGCUCAGCCAGCACCCAAAGGAAAUCUCCUUCCCGUAUCUUUCUGUGGCACGAGGUUAGCUAAAACAAACCAUCCAAAAUGGACGCGAUCAAGAAGAAAAUGCAGGCGAUGAAGAUCGAGAAGGAUAACGCGCAGGACAAAGCCGACACCUGCGAGAACCAGGCGAAGGAGGCGAACCUGCGCGCGGACAAGAUCAUGGAGGAGGUCGCCGAGCUGACCAAGCGCCUGGAGCAGGUCACUCAGGAUCACGAGAAGUUCAAGGCGUCCCUCGAGCAGGCCACCAAGGACUGCGAGGAGAAGGACAAGCUGCUCACCUCCACGGAAGCCAACGUCGCCGCCCUGACCCGCAAGGUGCAGCAGGUUGAGGAGGAUCUGGAAAAGUCGGAGGAGCGUUCGUCCGCCGCUCUGUCGAAGCUGCUGGAGGCCACCCAGUCGGCUGACGAGAACAACCGUAUGUGCAAAGUGUUGGAGAACCGUUCCCAGCAGGAUGAGGAGCGCAUGGACCAGCUGUCGAACCAGCUGAAGGAGGCCCGUAUGCUCGCUGAAGAUGCCGACACCAAGUCCGAUGAAGUGUCCCGCAAGUUGGCCUUCGUUGAAGACGAGCUGGAAGUCGCUGAGGACCGUGUCAAGUCCGGUGAGGCUAAGAUCAUGGAGCUUGAGGAGGAGUUGAAGGUCGUCGGUAACUCGCUGAAGUCUCUGGAGGUCUCGGAGGACAAGGCCAACCAGAGAGUGGAGGAGUUCAAGCGCCAGCUGAAGACGCUGACCAUCAAGCUGAAGGAGGCCGAAACGCGUGCCGAGAACGCCGAGAAGAACGUCAAGAAACUCCAGAAGGAGGUCGACAGACUAGAAGAUGAACUGGGCGUCAACAAGGACCGGUACAAGUCUCUGGCCGACGAGAUGGAUUCCACCUUCGCCGAGCUGGCCGGUUACUAGGCUCCUUUCGGUUCGGUUCGGUGCCCAGCUGACCGCGUUCGCGUUCGUGCAAAAUGAUCACCAGCCUGCACGCACGAAACCGUGUCAUCCGUGCGACCGUUUACCAUGGUUCGCUUCGUGUGCUUUUGUAACGAACUUUCGAACGAUGGAAGAACCCAAGACGAGCCAAACGAACAGCCAGGAUAGGAGAGGAAAAAUCACACAAAGAACACACACACACACGAUACGUGCUAUGGAAAGAGAGAGAGAGAGAGGGAGAAAGUGUACGAACAUCUUAUACGCGAUCACCAAAACCAUCACCGUCCCAAGUGGUUAGAAAGUUCCAAGGCACCCCUUGCGCAACAUUUGAGGAGAAAGCAAACAAAAAAAGGAACACAAAAAAGCAGAAGAAAUGCCACAGUCCAUCCGCCAGAAGGUUUACUAUUGUCAUGUUGUUGUUGUUGAUGUUGUUGUCGUUGUUGCCAGUCGCCAGCAUUGAUCGCAGUGCUGCCAGUGCCGCGUCGGGGGUGGCUUUGUGGUGUCGGUUCGGUUGCGCGAUCCUUGACGCCUCGUGCGUUGAGGCGUCAGGAUCACGGGGCUGAAUGCGGCAGCCGGCAGGAAGCUAGAGAGGUGACACUGUCUUAGAUCCGGAAAAAACAAACAAACAAACAAAAGAAACACAAAAAUAACAUCACCAAACAUUUGAAGCAUGUGCAUCUUCCAACGUCUACUUUCUCUUGAUAAAUGUAUUAUUUAUAUCUUUUGAAUAAAACUAUGAGGACGGUAAAUAAUUUUAAGUAAACA